GUCUUAAUUAGUAGCUACUUGCUUUUAUCUAUUUUUAUAUCAUUCCAAAUUGGUGGAGAUAAUUGGUAUUUCUCUGAAAGUUGCUUGAAAUUUUGUAUAAUUGUUCUUCUGAGUGUGAUAAUAGUCAAGUAAUUUACAUUUUGAAUAUAGUGAGGCAAGGAUGGUUAAAUUGCUUUUAAAGGCAGAAGCAUGUCCUUGGAACUCUUCCUGUUGUUCUGAUUACAUUUGCUUUCUGUCUAACUUUAAGUUCAUCAUUUCUUUGUCUCUUCUCUGCCUGUGCUCUUGCCCCCUCUACAACCUGCUUGAUGUAUUCCAUCUCAUUUUGAAAUUUUUUCAAAGCUUCUGCUCUUCUUUGCUCCAAUUCACCCUGCAGACCCAAGAAACAGGUAGUUAGUUCCUAAGAAUCAGUUUAAUUAAUUAACAAAUGGAAACAAAUCCAACAAAUUUAACCUCUGUUUUGUGCAAUUUGUUUUUGGCUUUUGUCUUCUUUUUGUGCUCCCAUUCAGAUAUAGUUCCAUUUAACUUCUGAUACCUGUAAUCUCUUUGUUAGUGAGGAACUUCACACAGCUAUUAAAUAUUUAUUAUUGAUAAGCUGCAAAUGAAAGAUUACCGUUCUUUGAUCUUAACCAUUUGAGCUGUCUCCCAAGUGCUUGCUUCUGUUUCUCCUAUUGCAGGUCCACGCGAGCUCUGUUUUUGAGUUUCACUAAUUUGUGUUCCUCGUUUAAUGGCUUGAGGCUGAUCAGGUUUAAUGGCACGGAUAUCAGUCUUUUGUGCUGCAGAUCCAUUUUUAAUGGUAGACAUAUCAGCAUUUGUUGCUCCACGUUCCUGUUUUAUGGCAGUGACAUCAGGGUUUAUAGGCUUAGUAGAAGGCAAAUCAGGUUUUGAUGGAGUUCUGGAGGGAAAAGUGUUGGUUCUUUCCAACUGUCUAUCUGAAAAGGUUGUGGUCUUUUUAGUUGAAGGAGCAGAACUGGCUGCCUUUGCUGGACCUUUUUCUUCAGUGGCAGUAGCUAUUGGAACUUUGCUGCCUGCAUGUCCUGAACUUCUAAUUGAAUCUUUACCUGUUCCAGACAAUGUCUGGACUGAACUGCACAACUUGAACCAUUGGAUGGGUUGUCCCCCUAUCCAAUGGUUCCCAGCUCGCAGUUAGUAUAGUCUGGACUGCAAAACCAGGAACUCAAAUUUAUAACUUCAAUUUUAUAUGGUUAUAUUGUGCACUGCAUCAUUGCCUGAGACUUUUUUGGAUUCUUCAUCAUCUUGUAGGGUUGAAAUUGUUGCUUCUUCCUUUCUGCUUUUAGGUUUAUUGAAAGAGGGGUGAGGACCCUCAUCAAUCUUUCUCUGAUCUCGGAUGCUUGAUUCUUCUAUUGAGUCAAUGACAUAUGCAGCAGCUGCCACGGCAACUAUUUUCUCUAUUCCAUUGUUGAAAUCAUAACUCUGACUCAUUUGGCCUGAAAACUGUCUUUGAAACCAGUUCUGGCCUCUCUUUUUCUCUGCAAAAUCCCAACAUAGAUGUCUGUCAUCGUUGUUUCAUUGUUUAGUAUACCAUUUUGAAUUUGUUUUAAGAGAGUGAAAACAUUUUGGAGAUGGUGUUAAUAAUGAUGUUUAGCAAUACCUUCUUUGGAAGAUUGAGUGUUUUUUGGUGGUUUUUGUCGGUCUUUGAAACUGCUGGACUCUUGUGUGUUUGCAGAAAAUCUCGCCCUGGAACAAGUUGUCAGUCAAAUUAGCAGCCAAUGAACAUUUAUAAAGCCGUUCCAGCGUUGAUCUUUUGCAAAUGAAGAUAGAGCUGCUUUUAUUACAAAGGAAACCGCCAUUUGAGAAAUGGGAGGUUUGUGGAGGUUGGUGAUUGCUUAUGAAUAGGGAUGAGUUUGGAAGGCAAGUAAAGUUAGGAUAUUAUGCUUUGCAUGCGGAGGCUGAUUUGACUCGAGACACGUAUUCUUUCAUUUGUUCUGAGAACCAUUCAGUUAAGUUCAUUUUCCUUCUGUUUUGAAAAGGUUGGAGAAUUCCAUCUGUCAGGCACCUUUUUCUCUGAAAAUUCCCACGAAUCUCGUUUUAAAAGAUAUAUAACAAUUGGGUAGUGAUACACAAUUUUUU